AUGGGUGUUCUUCCGCUUUUCUCCCGUCUUCCAUCUCGACACUCGGAUUCACUUAGUGUCACAUCCAUACCAGGCCGACAACCGUCUACUCCCUGUGAUAUAUCGACAUAUUCUUUCUAUGAUUCUGAACAGAAAGGUACUAUUCGAUGGCUUGUGAGCUUCAAGUCAAAACUCAAUCCAAUAAUCGUGGGAAAGAAGAAAGCAAACCGAAAUCGAAUUUUGGUCGUCGCUUUUACCGUCAUUGUAGUGAUAGGUAUCUUUGUACUAGUGUGGUUCUCAUUUGUUCUUGCACUGGUGGAUCGACUCAAGCCUCCAGUGUCAUCGAACGGACUGCAGAAAAUCGUACAAAAAUGGAAAGAACCCGCAGAUUCAGUCUCUGCACUGAGUCCCUGGCCAAAAGACUUCAGUCAGGGGAUCAAACCUGUCCCCUGCCAUUCACAUAAUGAUUACUGGCGUUCAGUACCUCUAUACGAGGCUAUUGCAGCCGGAUGCACAGGCGUGGAGGCAGAUGUCUGGCUUGAUGGCAAUAACCUUCUUGUCGGCCACCGAAAGCACUCCUUAUCAUCCGAUCGCACAUUGAAGACCCUUUACGUCAACCCAUUGGAGAAAAUACUUUCCAAUCUGAACAUGAAUUCCUCCACAAAUGCAUCAAUUGGCAUCUUCGAACUUGAUCCUACGGCAACCGUCACCCUUCUCAUUGACAUCAAGACAGAUGGGAAUGCAACAUGGCCAAUUCUUCUCAGCCAACUAGCUCCCUUACACCACGGUGGCUGGUUGACCCGAUGGAACGAUACCAGCAAGACCCUUACACGUGGACCUAUCACUGUCGUCGGAACAGGAAAUACACUAUUUGAUCAUGUAGUUGCCGAUGAAGAUCGAUACGUGUUCUUUGACGCCCCCUUGAAGGAAAUAUCGCAGAACUCUACAUACACAACAGAAAAUUCCUACUAUGCUAGUGUCUCGCUGUUUAAAGCGGUCGGCAUCGUGUGGCCGUGGGGUCCCACUGACAGCCAGAAGCAGACCAUGCAGAAGAUGAUCAGGGCGGCUGCAGAGAGAGGCUUGGUCUCACGGUUCUGGAGUAUCCCCUCCUGGCCUGUGAGCCUGCGUAUCAAGCUUUGGCGGGUUUUGGUGGAUAGUGGAGUCGGCAUGUUGAAUGUGGACGAUGUGGUUGAGGCGACAAGAUGGAAUUGGAAUUGGUGUAUUGUGGCUGGGAUGGCGCUAUGUUAA